CCAUUUAGAAUAAUGUUUAGAAAAUUUAUAUACAAAAAGGAUGGAUAAAUAUACAAUUCUUGUGCUCUAUAGCAAUUAAACAAUUUUCAUUCUUUUUCUUUUUUUUAAUUGCAUUUCUUAAGCCGGUUUUUUCUGUUUAUUUAUUUUUUUUUCAUUAUUAUAGUUGCUUAGAUAAAUCAGUUAAUCCCGUUUGUGAAUCUUUUUGCAUAAAUCAAGCAUGUCCCGAAAAUUGACCAAAAACAUCCGCUUUAGCUGCGCAUCUUUAUUGAAACAGGUUCAUCGCGUUUAAAGAUAUUAAACAAAUUUAUACGUCGUCAUUAAAUAAAAAUAUUCAUAAUCUUUUUUUUGUGUUAGCCAGAAUGAAAAAAAACAUAAACAUCUUUAUCGAAAGAUCAAAUUAAAACGCAGCUUUAUUGACCAUUUUUGACAAAAUUUAUUGAAUUAUCGGCGCUGUCAUAACAAUAGAGAAGUAAUAUUGUUGAUCAAAUCCACAUGGAGUGCUUCUCGAAAUUUAUUACAUUCGACCAUAGUUCAGGAACUGAACUUUUAACCGUUUAAAAAAACUAAAUCUAAAUUUUUUGCUUCAAAAUUGAAGAUUUUGAUAAAUGUCAAAUUCGGAAGCAAUUAAAAAUUUAUCUACAAAACUGUGCUCUUUAGACAAAACUGUGUUCAAAAAGCUUUAGUAGUUUGUUACAAUUGGUGUAUCGUACGCGGUCGCAUGACCAAUAAUUAUUUCCGGAAUCUUUUACUCGUUUUUUGUUUUGUCUACUGUACCGAAAAUUGAUUUGUCUCACUUCUGUUUAUAGCAAGAAAAAACAAAGCAAAAUAAAAAUUCUUACCUUUAUUUUCUUACGAAGAAGAAACAGCGUGUAGUUUCCAUUAUAUUAGAUCUUCAAUUAAAAUGCAGUAACAACAACAGUAGCAGCAUCGGUAGUAGCAGCAAGAGGGGAAAAAAACCAGCAAAAGUGUUCACUGUACACUUGUCAAUGACAUUGAAUUUGGCCAUAAAGUUCAACAAAAUCGCCUUAUCUGGUGUAUGAGAUCUUGUGUCGCAUUUGAUAUGCCGACAGUUUCAUUAUUAUUUAAAGUCGUAACAACAAACCGGACAUAUCUAUUGUCUCGCUCCCGCGCUCUCGAAAUCUAAUUAUCUAGUUCAUUAUCAGAAUUUCAAUGAGACGCGGUAAUUAUAUUUUGACGAUCAAGUGGAAAUCUUAUGAUUCUCAUACAAAAUGAACGUGAAAAAUCCACCGCACAUACACACACAGAGAGAGAGAGAGAGAGCGAGAGAGAGAGAGAGAGAGAGAGAGAGAGAGAGAGAGAGAGACUCAAGCACUUUUGUAUUUAUAUUUCCAGGCAACGUGCUCAAAUGGCAUGGCUCAUCGUUCUGCUGUGACUAUCAACUUAAUUAAGUGUCAUCAUAUUACAACUGCCGUAGUAAAGCAUUUUUUACCUCUUUUCUUUAUUCGCUGUGAUCUAUUGGCGUAAAUAAAUAGGAGUAAAAGGAGUGAAUACCCAAUGAAAUUCGAAAGAAGACAAAAUGUAGGAAAAAAACAGAAAAAAGAAAAGAAAAACACAGCAAAGCAAAACAAAACAAAUGAACAUUAAAAAAAGAAACGGCAACAGCAUUGAAAAUACCGAAGAAAUGUCGCUUGGUCACGUUUGGAUAAAAUAUUAAGAUACUGUGGAGAAAAAUCGACACGACACAAAACGAACACGACGAUGACGAUGGCGGCAUAUUGAACAAGAGAACGAGAAAUCACUAAGUCACUGUCAUGGCCUUCACUUUGACCAGACAAUAAAGCGCACAAAACCAUAAGAAGACUGGACUAUGUACGAAGACUGGACUAUGUACGAAAAAAACAAGAGCUACAUUCAAGCAUUUUGGAUAGGUAUUGAACAAAUUUCCUUUCAUUUUUUUUUAACCAUACCACAAGAAAAGUCAUCGCGCUCAUCGAGCAUUCGAUGUAAGUCGGGUUAUGCCUUUUCUUUGGAUCCAUGCUUACGUUUUGAAUCGUUUUUUUUUCGUUUUUCGGUGCAUUUUGUUGUGAUUGAACAUGUUACGUACCGAAACCAAACCUCGUCACAUAAUCAUUUUCGUUUGAUGGGAACGCAGCUGACACAUUUCACACUGAUUCAGCAACAUUCAUCAAAUAUUUAUUGCCAUGUCCAAGCAGAAAAACAAUUCAAAAUACACUGUAUGGCCAGAGCACGCAACCAAACCCAAUUGAUAUAAGUAAAUGUGUAUCAUAUACACGAGGUUGAUUGAUUCAUUCGGAAAUACCUCCGAUCGAAAAGACAUUGCGAUUGAUACCGCCUGAUUUGCAUUCGUUUAUACGCACUUUGAUCAAUACAUCUGACAAACGGGAAGUUCAGCGAAGAGGUAUUCAAUGUUUUCGGGUUUUUUUCCUGUUCUCAUUCCUGUUCUCAUUCCCGUUCUCCUUCUUUGCUUGGUGAAUUGCUUAUUGACGCCAAUGAACACUUGAAUUAGAUAUAUGUGUUCACCCUUUAGUGUUUUUUUUCUCGUUUCGUUUCGAUUUGCAUGAUUUGCCGGCUUCUACUUGUUUCCCACUGAAAGAUGAAGAAAAAAUCUGCUCAUUAAAUCGAUCAUAAAUUAUGUUCAUGACAACCGAAUCCCCAAACAAGUUUGGUAUGUGUACGUUGUUGGUUGGACGGUGGUACGAAAAAAAGUGCGCAACACCAUUUUUCAUUGUCAUCCGAAGUGCUUUCCAUUUCCAUUCUUGUCAUUGGCCACAUUAUUCUUCUUCCCUUUGCGCAAAUGAUCUUGAUCAAACUCGAUCCGACCGAACUGUUACACCGUCAUUACAUCAAUUUGCAAUAAUGCACGGGCAACAUUCACCUCAACGCUCCUCCGCUCGUUUGCUCGUUCGCUCGUUCGCUCGUUCGUUCGUUCGUUCGUUCGGCUUUGAACUGGUUCAGCCUCUAAAAUGCACCACAAAAGCCAUUUUUCCCCGCUUCAUCUUAUUAAUUUAAAGUUGAGAUGAGGUCGUCUUAUUUUGAUUUUUCUCUUCUCUUCCUGCUCACUUCUGGCGAUAGCGCGUGCGUCUUUUUCCUUACAUUUCGAAUAAAAUUUGCCAACUUUUGUUAUUUUUGUAUUUUUAUCUCUUUUGUCAUGGCUUAUCUUUUGUUAUGGUUUUUUUUGCUGCUGCUGCUGCUGCUACCAUCGCGCUUAAAAUCUAUUUUUAACUCAGCUUUACGUCUUAACAUUUUUUUUUCUCGCCCAUAUCGCUUUGGUAUUCUUCAUCUUGGUAAUUUUCAUCCGUAUUUAGAAUAUUUACGUCACAGAUGAAGCAGUUAUACAGCGCGAUGUCGUCAUCGGAAAAAUAACCACAAUUCAUUAUCACUGAUGGUUCUAAAGUUCAACCACUUUGCUGGAAUAUGCGAAAGAAGUGGCGCGCGAAUGAGUAUCGAGUCGCGAGCGAGCGAGCGAGUGAACGCACGUUUGCCAUGCUGCAUCAUUUUUUACGCCUGUCUGGCCGGUCGUAUUUUUAUACCGCAUAUUAACGUCGUGCGUGGAAUUUUCGUUUUUAUUAUAUAUAAUUAUUCCAGGCGAUUGCAACCACUAGAAUCACAGGCGACAGGCAAUAAAUAGAGUACUAAAGAGACCAUCGGAUAUGCGCAGUGGCAUCGAACACGUUUGCUAUUUGAUGGCUGAUCGUCCAUGUAAAUAAAUAACAUUGUGAGUGGCGGCUAAGCAAAUAAUGGAUAAAGAGGGAGAGAGAGAGAGAGAGAGAGAGAGAGGCACAUAGGAUAGAGGAAUCGAAAUGUGUCUUGUUUUUUUCCCAAUUAAAUAGUUAUCGAAAACGUGAUAUUCAUAUGCGCGGGAAUGAAUCGGCUUUUUAUUGCGAUGACGUCGAUGUGGGUAUUUUAUUCCUGAGAUUAAAACCACAAUUAGAUUUUGAAGACGGAACACUUACAAAGCUAAAAUAAACAUAUCAAACUCAAGUUGCAUUCUAUUUUGCUGCUCGAUUAUUGACACGCAAAUGCUCUGUAUGCACUCUCGCUACUGUUCGAAUGGAGACGAGGAAAAUGAAAAUAUGUUGCAUUUUUAAUGCAAUCAAUAAAACACCCAUUAAAAUCCAGAGUGUGCUCAUAAACGCAAAUCUGUGCGCUGAAACGAUUUUGUAGUGAGCACACGAAACGCAACCAAAAUUUUCUUGGCUUGCAAUUUUGCAGCCAACAAAAAAAAAUAGAUAUUCAAAAAUGAAUAUGCAAUGCAUAUGCAGUUCUCGCAAAAAUUUCAGUUAUUGAACUUCGCACCGGUGAAAAAUGGGAACAAAUUGUUGAUUUGAAUUGAAAGAGUAGUAAAAAUCGUUACAGAAAUGUUUCGUACUCGAAUUGGGCGCGUACACACCGAAUAAAAUGUAGCGGAAAAUUGAUUUGAGUUGCGCUAGUAUAUAUAGUUUUUUUUUGCUAUUGCAAUAUAUUGAAUUCCAUUGGGUUUCAGGGAAUUUUUUUUUAUCAACAUUUGCACUAUAAUCAGAAUCAGUGUGAAUUUUGUGAGUGUUCGUCAACGUUUUUGUCACUAAACCAGUAAUAUGUUCAACACAACUAUGGUUGAAGCGAAUGGCGAUAACGAUGACGAUUGUUCGCACGAAAAAUGCAUAAAAUACGGCGAAUGAACAGGCAAUGAUAAAAUGGACAGAAGGAGCAUUAGCGAAAUUAGACGGAGCGAUUACUUGUGAUUAAUUUUGAUUAUAAUAGAAUUGUGUCGUUGGUUUUUUGUUAUUCGUCGCUUGGUUUUUGGACAGCAAAUUUUGUAACUGGAAAAUGACAAAGUCCUGUGUAACCAUGCGUCACCGCUCGGAAAUUCGGAUGUCGGUUUUGGUUAGAGUGUUUUUGUACACGUCAUUGUUUGACGCAAAUUUGAUGGUGAAUUAUAUGUUUGGUUGGUUAGUUGGCUAGAUGUUUUCGGUUUGGUUGCUUCAUUAUUUACUCUCUUUUUUUCUCCAAUUUCGAGGUUUGGCUCAUAGUUUUCGGAAAGUCCGAUGCCGGUACAUCAUCUUGUUCUGUGAGCAAGUUGCUCGCAAGGCUUCUAGAGUAUUUAAAAAAACCGAAAAAGAAACUUGAGCAAAAUACCUAAAAGCGCUAACAUAUCAAACAUGUGUGGAACACACACUCCUUUAUUGCACACAUUCAAUUAUGAUUCGUAUGCGUGUUGCCGCACGAUAUCGUGCUGCUGUUUUUGCGUGUAUAAGUGGUGUGUGUGAAUGCACAGAGAGCAUUUUGGUGUUUUCAUGUGGAUUUUUCGUACGCACACAAUGUCAUAACAAUAAUGAAAUACAUGAUGACGGUUGGCCAGUGUGGUGUUUUUUUUAGACAUUCAACACGUUUAUCGGCCACAAAUACACAAUAUUAUUUUGUUUUUUUCUUCGGUUGUUAUUGUUGUUGUUUCUCUUCACAUAUCGCAUAGAUAUAUUUAUAUUCUGUGUAUAUAAAUUUGGUUACUUAACGAUAUGACGAACAACACCAAUGUGGUGUCGAUUUGCCUCUUGUAUGCUAUCCGUACCGAUAUUUGCCGUAUGAUGCGUAUGCCACAGUGUGAAUGAACACAAACGCAUCCACAUCGUUCGCUCACUCAGUCGCUCACUCACACAAGCGCACGGUCCCCGGUUUCAAUGUAUUGCUGGCACACUAUAGGGAAAACGUGCGCCACAAUGUCGUACACAUUAUUCACCUGUGUACAUGUACACUACCACAUACAAGCGAGCACAUUUAAUCGAUAGAGGGGUUUUGAGCAAAACUUGACAUGAUUAUAGCAUUCAAAUUUAGUUUCAAUUUAGUAGUGUUUUAAUCAACUUAGGUGUUCUUUAGCUGUAGAAAUAAAUUUAAAUUAAAAGAGUAAUUUUUUUUCUUCCUUUUUUUUCGCGAUACAUGAAAAAAGAGGAGUUGCAAAAAAGUUACAAAAAAUUUGAUGAUUGUUUUGUUUUUUUUUUUAAAUGCGAUUGUGCAGCCGAAGUGAAGGAGACACGAAUACACUACCUUUAAAUAUAUAUAAAGUUAUACCACGACGAAAAUACGCUGAAAGUGUGAAAUAAAGAAAAAAAAAGAAACAAAGACUAAAUCACAAAAUCUACUGUGACAGUUGCGCUUGAGCAACACAGUAACGCUGAGGUAAACGCAAACACCCGCUAUAUAAAUUGAAUCAAUCGCGUGCAAAAGAGACAGAAAAAAAAGAAACACAAAGAGAUAGAGAAGUAAAGAAAAAAAAACACAAGCAAAUAGUUACACACCGACGGACCAAUAUAUUGAAUCAAAGCAUUUUUUCAAUCAGUUCAAUCGAUUCACACAUAAAAUUGCAGUCUCAAUAAACAAAAGUGAAACUCUUAAAUAAAGGAAAUACCUAAAGUACGUGAUAUAAAUUCUAAUCGUUACACUAUGGCCUUAAUUAUGCGAUAUAUUGACAGUAUGCAAAGAUAUAUGGAUUCUACUGGCGAUCCCAGGACAAGGGAUUGGCCAAUGAUGUCGUCACCAUUUCCAACUUUAGUAGUAUGUUUAGCUUAUGCUUAUUUUGUUAAGGUUAUUGGCCCUAAACUUAUGGAAAAUCGUAAACCCUUUAAUUUAAGAUACAUACUUAUUUUAUACAAUUUUAUCCAAGUAAUAUUUAGCGCAUGGCUGUUCUAUGAGUGCCUAAUGGGCGGUUGGUGGGGCGAAUAUAGCUUCCGAUGUCAACCAGUCGAUCAUAGUUCCAGUCCGACUGCAACAAGAAUAGCAAUAUCCGGUUGGCUAACCGGACAUUAUAACUUCCGAUGUCAACCUGUUGAUUAUAGCAACAGUCCUAGAACGUUAAGGAUGGUUCAUGCGUGUUGGUGGUACUAUUUCUCGAAGUUUACAGAAUUUUUCGACACGUUUUUCUUUGUGCUGCGAAAGAAGAACAGCCAAGUAUCAACUUUACAUGUUAUUCAUCAUGGUUGCAUGCCGAUGUCAGUAUGGUUUGGCGUUAAAUUCACACCAGGUGGCCAUAGCACAUUCUUUGGACUUUUGAACACAUUCGUUCACAUUGUCAUGUAUUCGUACUACUUGUUCAGCGCUCUCGGACCACAAUUCCAGAGAUUCUUGUGGUGGAAGAAAUACCUCACCGCCCUCCAAAUGGUUCAAUUCGUUCUUAUUAUGGUUCAUGCUUUCCAACUUCUUUUCAUCGACUGCAACUAUCCAAGAGCGUUCGUCUGGUGGAUUGGCAUGCACGCCGUCAUGUUCUUCUUCCUGUUCAAUGAAUUCUACAAAUCAACAUACAAAUACCAAGUGAUGAAAGAGCGAAGGGCUCUCGCAAAUAAACUCAAACAAAUGGAAGCGGAAUUGGCGCAAAACGGCGGUGUCAAGCCGAAUGGAAUCAGCAACGGUAUGAAUGGAUUAAAUGGUAUAAAUGGCAGUGGAUCAUUAAAUCAAUAUUAUGAUUCGGUUAAUCACAAUCACAUUAACAAUAAAAAGAACAUUGAGUAUACUGACAGCUACAGCUAUAGCAAUGCUAAUGGUACGACGGAAUUGAUUAAUCGAAAAAAAUAACGGCAAAAAAAUAAAGCAAAACGACACAAAAACGCAUAAAUAAAAAACACAACACAAGAAUACCAACAACAACACAAAAAGAGAACCAACCCUUUUUUUCCAACAAAAGAGCAAAUACCAACAUUUCAUUGUAAACGUAGUGCAGUGACACUACCAGAUUUAUUUCAAGCCAGUAGGAAAGAAAAACAAUCACCGAAACAUAAACUAUUAAAAAAACGGACAUUUACAAUUAAUGCAUAUACAUACAUAUACUGAUGAAACAAAAAAAAACGUAGCUUAUGGCUGGGGAUAUUUAUUUUUCAAAUAUUUUUAACGGCUUUCUUUUUUAAAUAUUUAUAAUUGAAUAUGUGCGAAAUUUGAGGAACAAUUUUAUGAGCAGCUAUAAUUCUAAUUCAACAACAAAAAUGACGCAAAAAAAAGAGAACCACUUGCUACUGCUAUUAACAUAUCUAGCGGCAAUAGAUUCGUUUUUUCGUCGACCGUUUAACUUUUGAUUCAAUUUCACGAGAAACAAUCCUCAGGCAACAGUGUAAAAUGUAAACAUCGGCAGAGCUCUUUGCCUUUAUGAUGAUGAUACAUAGAAAAUACACUAAAUGCAAGCAAUUGAUUUGCUAAUGCAAUAGGGAAUAUUACUACCGCUAAAACUGUGCACAACAUAUAUAGAGCAUUGUAAACAAUCACACAAUAACAAGAGACAAGCUUAUCGCAUUAUUGCAAUAGCGUUCAUAGUAAUAAAAAGCCAACAACAACAAACGUGUAAUUACCAAACACGUGCUGCUUCCUUCAUUAUUCCAGAUGUCAAAUUUUUAUUUUUCCAAUUCACACAACAAAUUUGCAUAGAAGCUUUGCAAACCACACACAACCUUCCUUUCUCUGUCUCCUGUUCGUUUCAAAUAUGUAGCUUUUUUUCUUCUUCGAAUAGCGUGUGUGUGUCAUACGUUUUCGGAAUCAAAACAGAUAUUUGACGAAAAUGACCUUUUCUUUUCGAGUCUUAAUCUUGUGUUUUUUCGUUGGUACAUCGCUUUUUGCAACAACAACAACAACCAAUUUGUCAUGAUUUUGCGCAUAUUGCAAUCUUUUUUUCAUAACUUAUUUCCUAGAUUUUGCAUCUUGUCCUUCUUUAUUAUUACAAUUUUUUUUUUGUUCGGAAAAAAAUUAGCUUUUUAAAAGCGCCAACAAAAAUCCUCUGAUUUUUUUUUUAGUUCUUGAAAGACAAACAUUCUGGAAAAAUAAACAAAAACAAACACUUUUUCUUUUGUAAUUUAAUGUUUUGUUAAUAGUAUUAUUAUCAAUUGAAAAAAAAGUAGGAGAAGAGUGUACUUAAGAAAAUUUAUAUUAAAUAAUUUAAUUAAUUAAAACAAAAACAGCAACAAACAUUGAAAGAAAUAAUAUGAAACGAAGUCGAACAUUUUAUUCUUUUCUUUUCGAUCAGUUUAACUGCGAGAAUAAAAAACAAACCGAAGCAAAUAAAUAAAUAUAUUUAAACUUAUACUUAAAACUUGAAACGUUUAUGUCUGGUUCAUAGUAUUUUUGUGGUUAUUCAAAAACGAAACGUAAAAAAAAUGAACACGUUUUGCUUUAUGCGUAUCGUCAUUAUAUCUUGUUAAGCGUUUUUUUUUAUUUCUUUCCGUUUUUUCCUUUCUCUUCUUCUUUUGGUUUAUUUUUUUUUAGAUUGGAAUUCUCGAUAUUUGAAAUUUAAUUGUUGAUUCUAUUCUUUCUUUCUUCGUUCUUACCUUAUAAUUUUCUCGGUAAGCUAUUUUGCUAUUGACGUGUUAUCCUUUCGUAUAGCCAUAAAACUAUAUUCUUAAAUGCAAAAUAAUUUAUAUGAAGUCGCAAAUAAUAAUCUUACCGACGAUAGAUUAAUCGCAUAGAACGCGCAAAAGGCGCAAAAUAGGCAAAAAUACAAAAAAAAGAAACAACAAAAACAAAAACAAAACCGAAACAACAUCGUUCAUGUUGUUUGUUUGUUAAGAAUAAUGGAAAACUAGAUAGAUGCUCCAACAUCGUAUCGUACAUGUUGUCAGGGUAGCAUUUACUUGAAUUUAUUUUGUUGUCCCUUCAAUCUCUCCAUGUGUUUUGAUUUUUUUUUCUCAUCAAACGAACCAGUCUCUCAGGCGAAACGACUGCUAAAAGUCCAUAAAUUGUUGAUUUCAUUUUUUUUCCUUUUAAAUAUUUUUGAACGUUAUAUAAACGGCCAUUUGUAAAUGAGACUCAAAACACAAUGGAGAACUAGGUUGGAUAACGAAAAAUUAGACGAAAAAAAUGAAAUGAAAUCCAACCAAAACAUUUGAAAUACAAAUCAUUGAAUUGUUUUUUUUUGUAUUAAUCCAGACAUGAAAACCUAAGCAUAGUUCCGUUGAAGAUUCAUUCAAACGAUCAUACGGAUCGGUAAAGAUCAAGAUCGAAAAACAAAAACGAAUGAUAUACAGCAUUUUUUAGGGAACAUUUUUUUCGACACCUUUUUGUUCAUCAAUUCGAAUCGGUCGAAUUGAGCUAAAUGGCAAACCAAGAAGAUGCUGCGUGCGCUCUAAAAUUGUGUGUUAAUAUCAAAUAUAAAAAUGUACGACUUAAAGGUAAAAAAUAAAAAAAGUUUGUUGAGCUUAAUCUA